AUGCUGAGGGCAAAUUCUCCAGAUAUUAUGAUGGUUACAUUUUAUGAUUUAGAUCUACCUUCAAACUAGUCUUAAAAAGGAUUUAGAUUAUAAUAAAAUUCAACAGUUUUGGAUAUCAUAACAUAUAUUAAGAAAUAUUUGGAUGAUGAUUAAGAAAUUUAAUUAUUUUUUGAUAAAAAUAAAUAAUUUGAUGGAAGCCUUAAUUCUUAUGUAGUUAAUAUUAUUAAAUAAUAUUAAACUAGAAUAAUUUAUUAUAGAAAAAUUAAAUCUAAACUAUAAAAUUCUAAUUAGAUCUAAAAAUCCCAAAAGUUUGAUUAUGGUAGGUCAUUAGAUAAUUUUUAAUAAGCUACAAACUAAUUAAAUAAUUUUGAUUAACAAAAAUAUUAGAGUGAAUAUUAACUUUUACCAAUUAAUCAAAAGAAUUAAUAAGAACAAAUUAGUUGGAAACAAAAUUCAGAACACUCCUCAUAAAUUGCUAUAGUAAAGGGACCCAGUUAAUAAAAUUAUAUGAAUAAAAUAAAAAUAACAGAAUAGAUUUAAAAAUUAGAAUUAUUAAGUCCAUAAGAUCUAAUUAAUCAACACAAAAUUAAUUAGAAUUCAUCAAAUAUUGAAAAUCCAAAGUAUUUUAUUUAUUUAAUAUAGAAUAUAAAUGAAUCCUUAAAAUUAAUAAAUAAUUUAGCAAUCAUAAUAAUAUUCUUAAGAAUUAUAAUAAUUAAAAUAUGAAAAAUAAUAAAUAGAAUAAUAAUAUUUUUAAUUAUAAAAAGAUUUGUCUCAAAUAAAGUAAAAAUAAUAUUAUUUAUUAGAAAUUUAUCACAAGCAUAUGAAUAAUAAAUAAGUUAAUCAAAGAUUGAAAUAACAAAUUUAACGAAAGAAAUCAAUAAUUAAAAGUAAAAUAUAUUGUAAAUCUAAUUUAGGCAAUUAUAUAAUAAAUAUGAGUAGGAAUAUUAAAAAUUAAAGAAUGAAAAUUAAACAUUAUAUAAAGAACUUAAAGAAACUAAUCUUAAACUAUUAUAAUAAAUAGAAGUAUUAAAUUAGGAAAGAGAGAAUUUAAAGUAAGACAAAUAAUAAAUUUAGAAAAUUAACUUAAUAUAAUAUUAAAUUACAAGAAGAAAAUCAAAAGUUAAAAAAUGAAAACUCAUCCUUAUAAAAUGAACUUAAAGAAACCAAGUUUAAGCUAUAAUAAUAAAUAGAAGUAUUAAAUAAGGAAAGAAAUAAUUAAAAUACUCAGCCAAAGGGGAGAAUUACAUAAAUAAGUCCUGCAUUAGAACCUAAAAAAGAUUAAUUUUCUAUCUAAAAUUCAUAAUUAUCCUAAUCUAAUUACUAAAAUUAAAGUAUUAUAAAUAUAAUAACUAUAAGAUUAAUAAUAGAGUAAUUACAAAAAUAAAUGUGGCCACUUUUUAGAUAUUUCUUAAAUACAAUAAUAAGUAUAUUAUGCAAUAAGAACCAAUACAAUAGCUAAAUGCACUAGUUGUUAAGCUUCUCUAUAAUCUAAACUAUGUUUAUUAGUUUAAGAUUAUGGAAGAACAUAUUUAGAAAUAAAAAAUUAAAUAGAAUUUAGAAAUCUUUUAUAAAAUUUAUAAAUGAACUUAAAAUAUAAUGAAAAACUAAUAAAAUGUUCAAACAAUAAUUGUCAAUUCUUUUGCAUUUGGUAGAAUAACUAGAGAGGAAUUUAAGGAUACAAUGUAAGGCCUAUACAAUAAAAUAAUGGAUUUUGCCCUUCAUGUCUUUAAUAUACUGUAAUUAACGUUUAAAUAUAAACUCCCAUUUUUGCAACAUAAUAUAUUCCUAAUAAUAGAACAGCUUAUUGA